CCGAGGACUUCCGAGAGCAGGAGACAAAAGCAGCCCGCUUUCCCCUGGGGAACUUGCCAACUUGCACGCCCCAGUACCGCUCACUAACUUCAAUCCCAGACAAGACAGCUGACUUCAGUACCAGAAUGGCAGCCAGGGCGGGAGGAUCCUCCAACGGAGACAAGUGGUGGACCUGUUCGACAUGCCUGAAGAAGUCUCCCUGCCCGGCACACUCUGUGCAGAUCCGCAGCAGCGCUGAGCUCCAGAAGCAGCUGAAGGCCGCCCAGGCCAACCUGCGGAAGGCGCAGGCCGCGGUGGACGCCUGCAAGGACGCGUGCCAGAGAGCCAAGGACGGCGUCGUCUCCAGCUCCCCCACGCUGACCGUGAAGCACUCCGGCUGGAUGGACGACGACCUCCGGGGCUGGGAGCCCGGGCGCGUGUCGGUGCUGUUGGCCCUGGACGGCUCAUCACUGUCGCCGGCCCUCGGCGCGUCGCUGCGGCAGGCGCUCAAGGGCGUGUCUCUCCAGUUCAAGAGUGACUGCUCCUGCCCCUUCAGCUUCUUCUACGCGGACGGCGUGGAGAUCCCCCUCGACGUGGUCGCCCUCCUGCCGGACCGGCCCGGUGGCGCGGGCAGAGAGGGGCUGCGUCCCGGCGCCGUGCUCGUCCACCCCGCACGCCGACGCCUCGAGGUCUACACUCGCAACUGCAAACCUAGCGAGGGUAAGCAGACCAAGCUGCUAGGAUUUCUCCUGGAGGCCAGCCUGACUGCACUGUCCUACAAGCACACGCCCAACAAGCGCAACUCCAAGGACUGCACUUUUUGCCACUACGGGCACUACGUCUCCAUCGACUUCGAGAAGGUGGAGCUUCAGGGCGUUGCUGGCGUGGAAGACAAAUGUGAGCAGGACAGCAAGCGCGCGAAACUUUCAACAUCUUCCUCAGAGGAGUCUGAGAGCGACGACGACGACGAGUGAUAAAUUCGAUUUCUUGAAGUAUCUAUCCCGUCCGUUAUAGAAGGUGAAUAGGUUCUUGAUAGCUCCAGCAAAUUUUGGCUGCGGGCCACAUUAAAACCCGUUUUAUGUUCAGAUAUUAUAAAUAUUAUAAAUAUUAUUUCCUUUUUUGUUGUUACCGGGUAAUGUGAAGAAACAGUCGUUUUGAUGAUUAUACUGUCUUUAAAUUAUUGUAUACGUAGUGCUACUUAUGUCAACUGUUUCUUCCAAAAUAAACAAUAAUGAUCUAGCUUA